AUACACACACACACACACAGACACACACCAGAGAGAGCGAUGAAAGAGGGGAGGACAGAGUCUCAGCAGCGGGUGGAUCACUGUGAAAGGUCUUCUAUGGCAGAGGCUGAGCGUCCUGCACUCUCUUCCCUCUCUGGUCACACCCUCUUUGAUUCCACACGAUCCUCCAGACCUUCAGAUGGACCAGGUCCUGCCUGUGAGGAGGUCAGCGAGAGCAGUACAACACCACAACAUCCAGCAUCCCCCGGGGCUCCAAGCCCCCCUAAUGAGUCAGGGACAUGUGCACCCUCACACCAGCACCAGGUCUUUGAUGACACGUCAGUUCACAAGAGUCCCUCAGACUCUUUACCUGUGCUAACACAGGGAGCGUCCCUCCAAGCUCCGCACGGGGACACCGGUGGACGCAUUUACCAUGGAGCAGAUAAGAUUUUCCAAGAGUUUGAGGGUCGGUGUGCGUCACCCUGCAAGCAACCCAUGCAGCUGCAACAGUGCAACUUCAUCACCACUGUUUGUCGAGGAGCCAGUGGAGGCGAUGUUGGUGUCCAGCAGCCUCAGAGCAGGUGUGUCUGCGUCUCAUCCCCCAAGGUGGCGGUCAAAGGUGAGGGUGUAGAAGAGAAAGGCCAUCUUCUCCCUCAGUGUGACAAGCCACUCUGUUACGGGGGUUACAAUCAUCACGCCAUUUUUGAAGACACGUUUGCUGCCUACUGCCACCCCCAGCCCAUCCCAGCCUCUUCUCAGCUGUUGCAGCACCUGGCAACCGCAGAGCCGACAAAGCACCUCACCCUGCCUCGCCUCGUCUCCUCUGUCAGCGAGACGGGCCUUGAUGCCAAACAUCUGCUGCGGUGCUGCAACCUCAACUGCUCCUGGAUCAGCUCUGUGCCUCCCGGUGCCGGCCCACAAACCCCAAAACACCUUAGCAGAGAGGAGUGCUGCAGCACUGCCAUUGUUAGAACCAGGACCCGGGACGUUGGGACUGUGAUGGCACCAAGGGAGCUGAGGGAUGUUGGAGUGCAGACAGAGCAGACUGCCACGCCUCAUGUGUUCCCUCAAAUCUGUCUGACAGAGGAGAGCAGAGGUGAGAGCUCCAGCAGCCGCACACCGUCGCUGACCAACACCGACUCUGAUGGAGGCAAGAAAACAGACAGUGGGCUCAAGUCCCCAGUGAAGGAGGUGAAGUGGGAUGCAGAGGGGAUGACGUGGGAGGUGUACGGAGCCUCUGUGGACCCGGAGGAGCUGGGUCUGGCCAUCCAGAAACACCUGGAGCUGCAGAUCAGGGAGACAGCGAGCCGAGCCAAGCUGUCGCGCCAGAACACCAACACGUCCCGUCAGAGCGGGAACACCAGCGGUCAGAGGAAGACGAGCAGGCUGAUAGACUCCUUUAGAACCUGCUGCACUCGCAGCACGACAGCUGUCGACUGAAGCUCAGUGAUGGACAGAAGAACAGAACCCCAACACUGUGUUCAGUAGCCUGUUUGGCUACUUAAAGCCUCAAAUGUCACCCAUGUGCUCAGACGGUCUACAGAAGUCCAUGCAAACUGCAGACUUACAAAACAAUGACAUGCAGCCAUGGAAAAGACUCAUUAAAGUUACAGUUCAGCUUUUCUGACAUAGUGACACAGAAACAACCGUUUACAGCCUGUUAACAAAGAUCACAGCUCACAAAUAAAAUAUAUCAAUCCCUGGAAAACACCAUGAGACAGCCUGUUCUAACUCUCCCACACCAAAGUCCAUCGAUAAAAUCAAUGCUUUUAGCUCAGAAGCUGCUCGUCUUAGAAGAGUGAAGUCAGCUCAACAACUCUGCCAAUCACUGAUUUUCUCUGUGGACUUGGGUUCGUCAAACAUUCCAUAUGUGGACUCACUUUUUGUGAUUGACAUUUUGAUUUGGUAAAAGAAUCAUUUCAAAGAGAUGUUUGGUCAUGUAUAAUAUAAACUUAAAACAUAAACCUUCACUAAAAGGUU